UCGCGCGCGUUUAUUUUUGGCCACUUGAUGGCGACACUUUUGAUCCGCCAUCUGUCCGUGUAAAAAAAAAAAAUUAAGAGCGAUUGUUUACUUGACAAGCUUGACAGCAAAAAUAAUUAGCAAAGCUCAGAAUAUUAUUAAUAAUUUUUAUUAUAUUAAAAUUAGUGAUAAUUUUCUAUCAACAAUAAAUCAUGAAAAUAUAUACAAGUGUAAAUAAUGUUAAAAAUAAAAAGUGAUAUAUUAAUGUAUUUUAUGAAUUUGAUAAAUAAACUUUAAAAUAACUUAUUGUUAAAUUAAAUUUUGUUAUUAAUUAUUGAGUUAAAAAUGUCAUAUCAAGGAUCACCUUAUUCAGCUGCAUAUGGUCAAGAUGAUUAUGAUCUUGAUGAUGACAAUGAUGAUUUUGUUGAUGAUGAUCAUGAUCCAGAUGAUCCAGAUGAAUCUGAUGAAGAUACUGAAGAAGCUAGUGAAACAGACAUGGGAAAAUCAGAAGGAUAUACUGAAAUUAAAGAACAGGUUUAUCAAGAUAAAUUGGGAAGUUUAAAAAGACAAAAACAACAGUUAAAAGAUGGUAGUCAUCCAGAGUACAAUAGAAAAGUUAAAAGACUAGAAGCACAAUACAAUGAAAGAUUACGUGUGAAUGCUGUUUAUCGUGAUUAUUUGACAGAAUCAGUAGAAAGAGAUUAUAUUCUUGAAAAAAAAGCAGCAGUCAAGGAAUAUGAGGAUAAAAAAAUUGAUCUUAAAGAAAAUUUAUUAGCAGACAUGGAGGAAAAAAGAAAAAUGAUUGAAGCAGAUAGACAGACUAUGGAAUUAACUGGUGAUUCCAUGGAGGUAAAGGUUAAACCACCAAUGACACGUAAAUUACGAAGAAGACCAAAUGAUCCAGUUCCUGAAAAAGUUGAAAAAAGAAGAAAAGCACCACCAGUACAAAUAAAUUUUUUAAGUGAUGAAAAAGAUAUUGAUAAUGACUUGAAACAAAUAAGUCGUGGUAAAGUUAUAACACCUGUUCGUAAACAAGUUGUGAUGACCAAUUAUAGUACUACUAAUAUACCAACUCCAAAUGUUCCAUCAUCCCCAGAAGCUGCACUUGUUGAGACCAAAAUAGAAGAUGGAAAACUUUUAUAUGAAAAAAGAUGGUAUCAUCGGGGUCAACCAAUUUACGUAGAAGGAAAAGACUUAUCAAAAUUCGGUGCAACAAUAUCAUCAAUUGGAACUGAUGCUAUUUGUGUUAAAAAAAUAACAGACAACAGUAAAGUACGUAUAUGUACAUCACACUUAAGUCGUGGUAAAAUAACAAUAAAACGACGUGCAUCAUAACAAACGAAGCCGCGGAUAGUACUCCGACUAUCGAGAUCCCGUGGCUGUUCAUCAAAACCAUUGUAUGACAGAAAAUUUUAUUCACAUUUUGUAUCAGAUGAUAAUAAUUUAUAAUGAAAAAUUAUUAUUUAUAAACACAUACCACCAAAUAAUAAUCAAACAAAAUUGAUUAUAUUUUUUUUCAAAAUUUAUAAAUAAAACAAUUUAGCUUUAUUUUUUUAUAAUCAAUGAAAAAAAAAACAAUAUGAAUUUUAUAAAUUAAAUAUCUCCAUACAAUUAAUACAAAAUUAGGUAAAUUUUUAAUGUUCAUUGACUGGUUGGUUUGUUGUAAAAAAAAAACUCGGCUAUAUUAAUAUUGCAAGUAAAUAUAAACAAUAAUUAAUUUAUUAAUUUUUCUUUUUUUAUUGUUUUAUUAAAAUUAAAAAAAAAAGAAGAGUUUAUUUAUAAAAUUUAUUGAUAAAUAGUAUUUUCAUUAUGAGAAAAAAAAAAAUAAAUUAAUAUGUAAUUAUUGUUUUAUUAAUAAUGUAGAUAUCCAAUUUAAAUUGAAGCAUCAUAUAUAAAUUAAAUGUAAAAUAAAAAAAAAAUAUAAUAAAUAAUUUUAGGGAUUGAUUUGUAAUUUUUUUUUUUUAUUUCAAAUGAAAAAGAUUAUGUUUUAAUUGUAUUUUACAAUAAAUGAUAUUUUUUCAAUAUUGAAUUU